GACUCGAACGUCCGCCAUUGUUGUCUAGUAAAAUGGCGUCCAUGGAAGUCUAUCAGACAGUUUUCUCGAUUUUAUAGCGAAAAAGGGCCAGAUAAACCAGCACAAUGUCCUCAGAUGGGAAGGUGCUGGAGGAGGGGCGGGAGGAGCCUUCCCAUGAGACCCCCCAGGCUAUCACCAUCACCAUCAUGGAUCCCUCAGCCCUGGAGACGACCACGCUUGACCCAACCUUAGUCACCUCUAUGCAAUCCCAGGACACUGACCAGGGCAUGAGCACAUUGUUGGUGAUGCCAAGAGAAGGGCAUAGAACAAAGGACAUUUUACAGACUGUGACUGAAACACACAUGGGAACACAAGAACUACCUGUGAUAUCUAGUAUUUCUAAUACUGAGGAAGAAAGUCAACAAAGUACAAUACAGGUGAUGUCUAAAUCACAAGAUGAUGGGGAAGGGGAAGGGAUUUUGGCCAGUGUCGGAGAGGCUGCGGACGAGGAAGAAGGGGAUGAAGGUGAUGACUUGGGUGACCCGCUCAGCCAGCAUUGCUUAAUUUGUAAUUUAGAGAUGGCAACAACUGAAUCAGAAAAACCCAUACCAGUGUUUAAGUCACAGACAUCAACCACACACCGGAAAAUGGCAGUGUUUCUUGGCACGCUUGUAGGACAAAAACUGACUUCAAGAAAGGCUCAUAGUGAUAUUAUAUGCCGAAGAUGUUUCAACCUUCUGGACAAAGUAGAUGCUCUGGAGGUAGAAAUCAGAGACACCAAGGAGGAGAUCAUCACAAAAUUCCAAGAGACGGUAACAGCCUAUGGUGGCCGGGCGAGGAGAAGAAAACCAGCAACAGCCAAGAAGUCAGACUAUGUGUUUCCAAAGGUUGAACCUGAAGAAGAUAUUCUGGGUUUGGAAAUGGAUGAGAAUUUUGAGCCACGUAUGGAGGACCUGUUGGAGGAGGAGCAGGAUCACCGAGAGGACCGCACCAUCCAAGAUGAGGAAUGGGAGCCUGAGUUCAAGAGGCCUAAGAUCAAGAGGGAGCCUGUUGAGCCUGAUCCAAAUGGACCUCCUAAAAGAAAACGAGGAAGACCCAGGAAAGAUGCUUCCAAACCAAAGGAGUUGGAUGAGGGAGACCAUCCAGCAGAAACUCCAGGCAACUCAAAUGAGGCGGGUGAAGAGGGUCGUUUGUGCCGGCCAGGAGCAAUGAAAACCAAGAACUGUAUCUACUGUGAUGAGGAAGUCCCCAUUGUCCAGCUAAUGAGUCACCUGGAGGGUCAUGAGCAGCAACAGUAUCCAUGUCCCUACUGCUCACUGAAGGCUCCAAGACUCUCGCUAUCUAGGCACAUUCAGCAGCAGCAUCAAGAAUUCAUCAUGACCUGUGAGAUGUGUUGUGCAAAAUUUCUAGAGUCAGAUCUCUACAGGAAGCACCUGGAAACCCAUUGUGUUGGAUUGCAUCAUUGCUCAGACUGUGGUAAGAUCUUUGGAACUGAGGAUGAACUUCAUAAUCAUGCAAAUGUAGCACACAUCCCAAAGAGUGAAGAUAAUUAUAAUUGCUCUUUGUGUAAUAAGACAUACACAAGCCGAUUCAAAUACAUUAGCCAUGCUCUAAAAUUCCACAAAGGUGGCAUUCCAAUUGAAGGUGUUGUUUGGGGUGGACGUGGCUUAUUAGCUUGCAAUAUAUGUGAGAAGAGAUUCAAGAAAGCAUCACUCUUCAUUACACAUGAAAAGACCCAUAGAACAAGAAAAUUCCAUUGUCAUUACUGCCUGAACAAAUACCCAUCAGAAUUAUUCUUGCAUGACCAUCUUUUGACCCAUCAGUUUGGCGAGUAUGACUGCAGUGAUUGUUUAGUCAAAUUUGCUUCUCGUAAUCAGUUAAACAUACACAAAGAGAAAAUGCACAACCACAAGGUAAACAGAGUGUGUGAAUACUGCAACAGAGAAUUUAAAGAGUACAUCCAGCUCAUCAGCCACAAGAGGAAAGCACAUCCUGAGUCUGAGGAAUCUCAGAAGGCAAAAUACACCUGUGGUGACUGUGGCCGGAAAUUUAUGGUGAAGGGUAACUUCUUGAGGCACAUGAAGUUACAUGAAAAAGGCAAGUCAGAAAAGAAAUGUGCUUGUAACAUUUGUGGUAAAGUGAUGUCCAAUAAGUAUGCCUUAGCAUCACACUUGAACACUCAUACUCGAGAAUCUUCACUGAAAUGCAAAAGCUGUGAUAAAACUUUUGUGACUAAGUAUACUCUUCUUGAUCAUGUGAGAAGAAUUCAUGAUGAGUUAGGCUCUGGCAGAGACAAGAUUUGCAAACAGUGUGGUCGUAGUUUCUUCACCAAUGCUGAACUUAAAUACCAUUUAAAGACGCACACUGGAGAGAGACCUUAUAGGUGUGAAAUGUGUGGAGAAACUUACCUCUCCUCAUCCACUCUUAGAUAUCACAUGCAGAAGCAUUCCAAUGUUAUGUUUGUCUGUCAAGAUUGUCAAGCAAAAUUCAAAAAUUAUGUAGGAUGGAGUGCACAUAUGAAACGUGUACAUGGAGUUACUUGUGUCAAGGACUAUACCAGAGAACAUGGCAUAUUACAGGCUGUGUUAGAAAAUGAAUCACCUCUUUACAUAGUUGCUCAGGGACAUGCAAAGACAGUAGAUGCUACUCAGAAUAUUUCAUCAAAGGAAUCAUUAGAAAAAGAGUGCUUGAAUUCAGCCACUCUAGCUGUUGGUCUGGAAGAAACUGUUGUAAGCUUACCGGGUAAGGAAGUGGGGAAUAUUAUCCAUGUUGUGUCUUAUGAUGACUUGGCCAAUCCUCUUGUCCACACUGUUGAUGCUGCUGAAGUGGGCCUAAUAAAACCAGAGCCACAGGAAACAUGUAUUACACAGCCAAGUUCAAAUCUCCCUUCAUCCAUUGCUGCGGGCAACACUUCCAUAGACCCUGCCAGUGAUGGAAACUACCCACAGAACAGUGAGAGAACAAGGGUAAUGAUUCCUGAAGGAUGGGAAGUCAUUCUGCCCACAGAAAGUGAGGAGUCCCAAGUAGUGAUGACUGGGGGCUGGGAGGAUGCUCGUAUUACUGUCCCACAGACAAGUGAGGAAUCGCAAAUGGUCUUGACCAAUGAGUGGGAAGAGACCCAGGGGAUGGCUCAGUUGGUUAUAUCCGAGGAAGGGGAUGAAACCCGUGUUGUCAUGACUUCAUGGAAGGAUUGUGUGGAUUAUUAGUGCUUAUUUAUUGAUUUGUUUAUCCAAGAUUUGGAGGUCCUACUCCCCAUUGAAAAUUUUUUGGACAGUGUGCAGAGCUCAUGCCUUAGAAUAUCUGAGUUGCUGUCUGCUUUCUUUAUGUUCACUUGUGCCAAAUGAUGUUAACUUGUUUAGCUUUGCUCAUUGAAGCAUCUUGUUCAAAUUUCAUAAUUUGGGGUUAAUAUUUUAGACAUUGAUAUAAAAUAUAUAAUUUGAAAGUGUUUUUUUUUUCUCUUAUAGCUUGCUUUUAUGAUUGGAUUAUGAGAAUCUUUUUUUAUUUAAAUAUAAAAAUGGCAGGAUUAUGGAGUUGCUGGUAUGGUAUUGUGAAAUGCAAUGUAAGUUUUCUGACUGAUAAAUUCAUCCUGUUUUCCUUUUUUUUUUCCAAAAUGAAACUGUAUAAUUACUACAAGUACCUGAUGUUAUGAUGGCUCCAUUGUUUUUGAGAGUAACUAAUGAUUUAACUUAUAUUAGACAAAUAAUAAAAUUGAAGAAAAUUGAA